UCAGCACCAACAACAGCUUCAGUAUCAGAGUUAGCACCACCUGUUAUAAAAAGUGCUGAACUUAGCCUCAAGAAAAAAGCUUCCAAACAGCUACAAUCCAAACAAAGCGCUCAAUUUAUUAAAAAUCCUCUAUUCUCUGAAUUCUUUCCUCAAUAUGUGUCAAAUGAGAUUGAUGAUUUUUCCUAUGCACGUGGUUAUAGCAAUGCCACGACAUUUUCAUUAAAAUCAACUGCAAUUUCCUCGAGUGAUUCAUUUCACUCGUUAAUUGUUCAAUUAAUUUCGAUUGGCAUCGUCUUAAUAACCUUUAUUAUAUUAGUCAAUGUGGGAUUCAAGUUCCUCGACGAUUCCAAUAUGAUUUUUUCCGGUGGCACAAAUACUCCAUAUUUUGUUAAUAAUGUGCUAUCACAUGGUAUAAACGAUUCAGACUGGUUUCGGACUUUGGGGGUACCUUAG